AUGUACAUCAACAGAGCACCAUCUCCUAACAUUCCCACUAUAUCCAUCUCCGAUACAGCACCCAACAUCUACACAGCACCCAAAAUCCACACCAUACCCAUCUCCGACACAGCGCCCAACAUCUACACAGCACCCAAACUCCCCACAGCACCCAAAAUCCACACUAUAUCCAUCUCCGACACAGCACCCAACAUCCACACAGCACCCAAAAUCCACACCAUACCCAUCUCCGACACAGCACCCAACAUCUACACAGCACCCAAAAUUCACACUAUACCUAUCUCCGACACAGCACCCAACAGCUACACAGCACCCAAAAUCCACACCAUACCCAUCUCCGACACAGCACCCAACAUCUACACAGCACCCAAAAUCCACACCAUACCCAUCUCCGACACAGCACCCAACAUCUACACAGCUCCCAAAAUCCACACUAUACCCAUCUCUGACACAGCACCCAACAUCUACACAGCACCCAAAAUCCACACUAUAUCCAUCUCCGACGCAGCACCCAACAUCCACACAGCACCCAAACUCCACACAGCACCCAACAUCUACACAGCACCCAACAUCCACACUGUAACCAUCUCCGACACAGCAGCCAACAUCUACACAGCACCCAAAAUCCACACCAUACCCAUCUCCGACAAAGCACCCAUAAUAAACACAGCACCCAGCAUCAAGCACCCAUCUCCAACACAGCACCCAAGAUCCACACUAUACCCAUCUCAAACACAGCACCAUACAUCCAACUAUAUCCAUCUCCAACACAGCACCCAACAUCCAACUAUAUCCAUCUCCAACACAGCACCAUACAUCCAACUAUAUCCAUCUCCAACACAGCACCCAACAUCCAACUAUAUCCAUCUCCAACACAGCACCAUACAUCCAACUAUAUCCAUCUCCAACACAGCACCCAACAUCCAACUAUAUCCAUCUCCAACACAGCACCCAACAUCCAACUAUAUCCAUCUCCAACACAGCACCAUACAUCCAACUAUAUCCAUCUCCAACACAGCACCAUACAUCCAACUAUAUCCAUCUCCAACACAGCACCAUACAUCCAACUAUAUCCAUCUCCAACACAGCACCCAACAUCCAACUAUAUCCAUCUCCAACACAGCACCCAACAUCCAACUAUAUCCAUCUCCAACACAGCACCAUACAUCCAACUAUAUCCAUCUCCAACACUGCACCCAACAUCCAACUAUAUCCAUCUCCAACACAGCACCCAACAUCCAACUAUAUCCAUCUCCAACACAGCACCAUACAUCCAACUAUAUCCAUCUCCAACACUGCACCCAACAUCCAACUAUAUCCAUCUCCAACACAGCACCCAACAUCCAACUAUAUCCAUCUCCAACACAGCACCAUACAUCCAACUAUAUCUAUCUCCAACACAGCACCAUACAUCCAACUAUAUCCAUCUCCAACAGAGCACCCAACAUCCAACUAUAUCCAUCUCCAACACAGCACCAUACAUCCAACUAUAUCCAUCUCCAACACAGCACCAUACAUCCAACUAUAUCCAUCUCCAACACAGCACCAUACAUCCAACUAUACCCAUCUCCAACACAGAACCACACAUCCAACUAUAUCCAUCCCCCACACAGCGCCCACCAUACAACUAUAUCCAUCUCCAACACAGAACCACACAUCCAACUAUAUCCAUCUCCAACACAGAACCACACAUCUAACUAUAUCCAUCUCCAACACAGCACCCACCAUCCAACUACAUUCAUCCCCCACACAGCACCCACCAUCCACACUAUACCCAUCUCAAACACAGCACCCACCAUCCAACUAUAUCCAUCUCCAACACAGCACCAUACAUCCACACAGCACCCAAAAUCCACACUAUAUCCAUCUCUGACACAGCACCCAACAUCAACACUAUACCCAUCUCUAACACAGCACCCAAAAUCCACACUAUACCCAUCUCUAACACAGCACCCAAGGUCCGUACUAUACCCAUUAUCCACAUGGCACUUCCAUGACGACACCCAUUGUCAGGUACCCACUAACUGA